AUGUACAUUCCAAAGAAAUACCUAGAAGAAGAUUGGGAAUUCCAAGAAAAGAUUAUUAAAGAAUAUCCACUUGCUACAGUAAUUACUACUGGACCGGAAGGUAUUCAGGCUAAUCAUAUCCCAUUCUUCUUGCAUAUUGAUGAAUCAACUGGUAAGAAGUAUCUCCAUGCACAUGCGGCUAAGAAGAAUCCUCAAAUUCCAGCAUUAACAGAAGGUAAAGAGGUUUUGAUUAUUUUUAAAUCCACUGAUUCUUAUAUUGCUCCAGAAUAUUAUCCAGGGAAGCAAAUCGAUCAUAAACGUGUACCAACAUGGGAUUUUGCCGCAGUUCAUAUUUAUGGGAAAUCUAAAAUCAUAGAUGAUGCACAAUGGGUGAGAAAGCAACUUGAUAAUUUUACUCAUCAAAAUGAAAAAUCUAGAGAAAACCCUUGGAAAGUAUCUGACGCCCCAGAAAAAUAUGUUACUCUUCUUCAAAAAGCCAUUUGCGGAGUGGAAAUUGAAAUUGAAAGAAUUGAAUGUAAGUAUAAAUUUGAACAAAAGGAAAUUAAACAAGAUAUUGACGGGGUUACCGAAGGUCUUGCUAAGGAUGGCAUUCAUGAAAUGUCAAAAUUGGUGAAAGAUACAAAUGCUAGAUGGGACAAGAAAUAA